AUGACUUUCAAGUAUAACCGCUUAACAAGCCUUACUAACCCUUCCGCUCUCGAGACGCCAGACAACACCGUCUACUUCGAGCAGGAAAACAAAAGGCCAAAAUUGAACUACCCCAUGCUUGCCGAUGAAGUUAAGGGCUCCUUCGGUAACGUCGCAGAAGAUGCUCAUUUGCCUUCCACGGCCUUUAUUCAAACGGCCGUAUAUCGCACUGGUGCGGCUUACAUGCUGGGUAACCGGAAAGGACUUCCCCCAAAAAAGACAGACCGACACAACGGGAAAACCGGGAGAUUAAAGAGAAAACGCCAGAAAAUUCGCAAGAGCCCCGAAGCGCAGGGCGUGAUCAGCGGGGCCGUGUUCCUGAUCAUCCUCUUCUGCUUCAUCCCCGUGCCCUUCCUGCGGUGCUUCGUGGAGGAGCAGUGCCCGGCCUUCCCUCACGACGAGUUCGUGGAGCUCAUCGGGUCGCUCCUCGCCAUCUGCUGCAUGAUUUUCCUGGGCUUUGCGGAUGACGUUUUGAACCUGCGCUGGCGCCACAAGCUCCUUCUUCCCACCAUGGCUUCCCUCCCGCUGCUCAUGGUUUACUUCACCAACUUUGGGAACACGACCGUUGUGGUGCCUAAGCCCUUCCGGGUGCUGCUGGGCAUGCACUUGGACCUGGGUAUCCUCUACUACGUGUACAUGGGCAUGCUAGCAGUGUUCUGCACGAACGCCAUCAACAUUCUCGCUGGAAUUAAUGGAAUCGAAGCAGGGCAGUCUCUGGUGAUAGCGGCUUCCAUUAUCGUAUUCAACAUUGUAGAGUUAAAUGGGGAUUAUCGAGACGAUCACAUUUUUUCUCUCUACUUCAUGAUUCCCUUUUUUUUUACCACGCUGGGGCUGUUCUACCACAACUGGUACCCAUCUCGAGUGUUUGUUGGGGACACCUUCUGCUACUUUGCCGGCAUGACUUUUGCCGUGGUGGGGAUCGUGGGGCACUUCAGCAAAACGAUGCUGCUUUUUUUCAUCCCGCAAGUGCUCAACUUCCUCUACUCGUUGCCUCAACUCUUCCACAUCGUUCCUUGUCCCCGUCACCGGCUGCCGAGGCUCAAUCCUAGUACAGGGAAGCUGGAGAUGAGCUACUCCAAAUUCAAGACUAAGAGCCUCUCUGCCCUGGGAACAAACAUUCUGAAGGCGGUCAAGGUCUUGCGCAUAGUAGAUGUGAGGAGCGGAAGGGAUGAAGAUGGCGAAUACACUGAGUGCAAUAAUAUGACGCUUAUUAACUUCAUUAUAAAGCUGAUCGGACCCACCCACGAGCGAAACCUCACUCUCCUGUUGCUGCUCAUCCAGGUCCUGGGCAGCGUGAUCGCAUUUUCAAUCCGGUACCAGCUAGUGCGCUUGUUUUACGAUGUCUGACUAAAAAAAAGGGGGGAAGUGGUUGUCCCUGCCAGUCAAUUUUCUGCAAUCGCUCACCAAACGAUUCGACCGGUCUUACUCCGGCCCUCCCAGAAAACCUCAGGACACCCGUCAAAACGCAAGCAACUGCUCUGCGUGGGCCAGUCUUGAACCGUAAUCAUCUUUUCUUGUGCACAGAAGGCUUUUGUCCGAUUAUACUGACAGAAGAGAUUGACUGCUACUCGGACAGCGUUGUUACUGGGAAUACUUUUUGGCUGGGAAGUAAAUGACCCAAACGUUUACUUACGGCACUUAGGGCAAGCGGGAAAGGUGAAAUCUCUGUCCACCUAACAAGCAUGUUCCUGUCCCCCAAGAGAGAAAACAGGGACUUCCAUUUCUGUGAGACGCCGUACAGCAGCACAAGUAAACCAGAGCCCUCUCCCUCCUCCUCCGAUCCAGUCUUUGGUCCACGGACGUAAAGUAACGUGUUAUAAACCGCACCCAAAACUCGGAUCGCUCCGAGAAUAAAAUAACUCGUGGUACCCUUUCCCCUUCAAUGCUUUGCCUCGAGAAUAUCGACACACAGUGAAACUAGGUCACA